CCGGCCCUAGCCUGCCACGCCCUUCCCUUCUUGGCAGGGUGCUAGCUACCCCUCGGGUCUCGGGCGGGAUCCGGGAGGAAGCGCGCCCCCUCCCCACACAUACAUCAGGAAGCGCGUUCGGGGAAGUGGAGGGGAGGGAAGAUUUCGGGCCGACCGAGGGGUUUAGGGCUCGCCCCUGGAAUAUAAUGGGCUCCCUGCACGCCCCACCUCCGGGCGGGUCCGAGGGGGUCAGGGCCGGGUUGGGGCUACCCGGUGCGUGCAGAAGGGCUGGGGCCCCGCACCCGUGUUUUUCAACUCUUCGCUGCUGUUUCGGGCGGGAAGGGAACACUGAAAAUUAGUGCUUUAAAAUAAGCCCCCGUGGCAGUUCAGUUUGGCCUUGGGAUUUGAGAGUGAAUACAAGCGUUGGAGGGACCCCCCCCCCCCUUUAUUUUUCUUUGAUGGGGCAGUGAUGUUGAGAGACUCUUACCGCAGGUGUGGAUCGAGCCGCUGGGAGGCGCUUCUCGGCCUUCGCCCUAGGGGAGCUCACCUGUUUUACAGACAGGGGAUCAGGCUGCCUGUAGCUGCCUCUCACAAGAUGAGAAGGAAUUGACUAGGUCCCAGGGAGAAGAAGGUCGAGGAGGCUCCUAGACCUGGGGACAGCCUGUGGGAGCCCAGGCGUGGGGAUGUGAAUUAGGAAUGGGGAAUGCCGGGGCUGGGUGUGCUGCUCUAAGACUUUUGGACUAGGAGGCCACCAGGAGUGUUUUCUUUUUGAAAACACGAGGAUUUUUUCUUAAAUAAGUUUUUGACUAUGUAAUGUAUUCAUAUGGUUCAGAUAUUAAAUAUAUGACAAGAUGUCAGUGAAAAGGUUUUCUUCUGCCCAGCUGUCUGCCUAGGCCCAACCCCAGUAGAUAACCAACCAUACUUGUUAGGUUAUUUGAGUGUAUCUUCCCAGAGUUUCUUUAUGCAAACACUGGCAGAUCUGAAUGUAGUUAGUUCCUCCUUUUUUUACACAGGUGGUAAGGUACUGUUCAGAGUUCUGCCCCUUCUUUUGGUAAAUCUAUGUUAGAGGUCAUCAGAACACAAAGAGCUUUUUUUUUUUUUUUAAUACAUUGCUGUGGUAUUGGACCGGACAUUGUUUGGAUGUUUUGGAUGUCCUGUAAUUUUUUAGAUCUAUUCAGGCCAUUUGCGUUGUUUCCAGUUUCUUUGUUACAUCAAACAAUGGCACACCCAGGGACAUUGUACCAGGGCUUAUCUGAGCAAGGGUUUUUAAAGAAGGGAUUAACAAUGAUAAAAAACUUUUGUUUUACAUUAACUCUGCCAUUUAUUGGUAGAUUGUUAAAUAUGUCAAUACAUUAUUAUAAUAAGUCAUGUAGAGUGUUUAAGGAACAAAUUAAACCAAGUAACUUUUCUCUCCAGAGACUUGUGUUUAUGAUACUUAGCCUUACAGUAGCCUAAUCAACCAUCUAUUAAUGACUGUCUUCAAGCCAGUCUUUGCCCCUUUAGCUUCAGAAAAUCUCCUUUGCUUACCUUAUUCCUUAGGAUGACUAGAAAUCUCUUCUCCCCUACCAAGUUUGAGAGUGCUCUAUUUCAUUUUUUACUUUAAGGAAAAAUCACCUUUAAUCAUAAGGAUUAAGCAGUAGAACCAACUUAUGUUAACCAAUUACAAUUCUGAUACUCGUAAACUUAAUGCAAUAACUAAAUCACAAAUCGUACUCUCUGUCCAUCUGCGUAUCACUUUUCUCACUCCUUAGUCUCAUCUUUCAUUUGUCCCAUCCUCCCACUUCUGUCUUCUGAGUUGGUAAGCAUUUUGCCCUCACAUUCCCUCUUAUUUUCUCUUUUUCUUUCUCUGGUCACCUCCAAGUCCAGUAUAAUAUCCAAGAACUUAAGACACAUAAUUCAGAUGGUAGAUUGAUUUAUGGAAUAUGGUUGGUACUCUGAAAAUCCACGGUAGCUGCAGGUGUUGCACCUGUUGCUUAUUGAAGUGUGUUGUUAAGGGAGGAAUUUUCAACCAGAGUGAGCCACAGUUCCUCUCUUGUGAGUCUACUCUUGAGAAGUGGCUCCUGACUCUCCUGGGCAGGGAUAGUAAGAGUUACGGACAGAUUCUUACUAUCUGCAUGUUCUUUUCUAGGCAUUGGUGGUAGAAUGUGAACAGCAUGAAGCACACAUUUGCCCGGAGGUGUGGGUCAUGUGUAAUUUGGAAGAAGUGGAUGGCUUUCUGUGGCUGAAACUUUUAACUGAUGUAACUAGGUUAUUGGGAUGUAACCAGCUCUCUCUCUGUUGAAAACUGAUUAGAGAGGAGUUCCCCAUCAUCAGCUUUGAGAACUUUUAAGAAAUUAAACCUGUCUGUCCCUCUCUCUAUGCAGGAGUUGUGCUUUUGGAGCGAUUCCUUUCUUGUGUCAUAGGGGACACAUGAGCUAGCCACCACAUCAGUCUUGAUUGGAUUAUAAUAACCUCCUUCUAGACUGCAGGACUCAGUUCCCCCCCCACCCCCCGCUCCCAAUCCAUUCUCCCAUUGCAACUAGUAUGAGUGAUCUGUAUUUCUUUUAAUUUUAUAUUAUGAAGAAAUGUAAACAUAACUGGAAAGUAGAAUAGUACAGUGAACUCCAUACAUCCAUCACUCAGAUUCAACAGUUAUUAGGAUUUGGCUACAUUUGUUUCCCUUUUUCAUUUUUCUUUGUUGAAGUAUUUUAAAGGAAAUUCCAGACAUCAUGCCAUAUUAUCCUAGCAUACUUUAGUCUUAAAAAAAAAAAAAGAUAAUGGCCACAAUGCCAUUAUCUCACACCAUCCUAAAUUAAUUCUGAUUCCUUGAUUUUAUCUAACAGGAAUUGGUAGACUUCUGGGUCUGUGGUCUGUUUUUGUAUGGCCUGCAAGCUGAGAAUGGUUUUUACAUUUUUAAAGGGAUGUUAAAAAGCAAAGCAAAGAGAAAAAAAGGAAAAGAAAAACAAGUAAUAGAGUUGUAUGUGGCCAACAAAACCUAAAAUGUUUUCUGUCUGGCCCUUUACUAACUCCUGAUUUGAUCGAAUAAGUGAUCUUUCAAAAUGCAUAUCUGAGUUUGUCCCUCUUUGUCUAAAACCCCUCGGGAUCAAGUCUGGACUCCUCAGUAUGAUGGGCAGAGCCUGGUGCAGCCCUUCUUUUUGCCCACUUAUCCAGCUGUGCCUGCCAUCUUCUGUUCCAGUUGUCCAGAGGGUGGUGGACACCAGCCCCUUUGCACCUGCUCUUUCCUCUGUUAGAACUAUUCCUCUCUUCUUGAAGCUCUUCCUAGUUCUUUGAAGCAGAGUCUAUCCCUACCCCUUCUUCCCUCAUCCAUGACUAGUGUCUGCCAUUUUUAUCGUGUUGGUUGUUUUCCUGCCAGACUCUCAUACUAGUUUGCAAGUCCUUAUUGGCCAGGACUUGUUUUAUGCAUCUCUGUGUCCCUAGGACUAGCCCAGUGGCUGCAGAGAAAAGUAGGAUAUGGAUCAUUAUAUAAGUUUGCUGGGCAACAGUCAGUCGCAGAGAUAACUGAGAUACUAGAAUGUAUCUUCAGUAAUGUUUGUAAGGAUAACUUAAUAUUUUGUUAUUCUCUUGACUGUCUUUACAAUUUAGCGCUGUCUUAGUCCUUGUGGGCUGCUAUAACAAAAUACCGCAGACUAAGUGGCUUAUAAACAAAUUAAUUUUACAUAGUUCUGGAUGCUGGGAAGUCCAAGACCAAGGCCCCAAGGGGUGUCUGUGGUAUCUCUUUUCUAAGAACACUAAUCCCAUUCAUGAAGGCUCCACUCUUCGUAACCUAAGCAUCUCCCACAGACUUCCCACUUCUAAUACCAUCAUUAUGUUUUAGUGCUUUUCUGCCUGUGUUUUUGACUGAACUUUUCUUAGUCUUAGUAUUGAUUAAUAUGUAUUUCAUUGCAAACCAUCUGUUUUCAAUGAAGCUACACAUUUAUAUUGCUCUGUUUUGAUUUGUGGUUAAGGGGAUUGGAUGAACUACAAUCAGAUGAUGGGAAACUCUGCUUCCACCCAAACAGAGGAGGUUAAGCAGGGCUAGAACAGGGAGACUCCUGGAGUCUGCCUAGGUUAGAGAGGUAAACAGUGAAGUAUUUGUGAUUUCAUGUAGACCCGGCCAGUCAGCAGCCAAUCAAACAAGGAAUCCGAGAGGACAUGAAGGGAACUGAGAAUUAGCCUGUCAGAGAGAGAGGAAAGGGUCCAUCUGGGUCAAGCAUUAGUAAGUGUGGUGUCAGCAAGGGGUGAAUUAGCAUGGCCCCUUUGGUGUUUAGCAAGUCACUCCAGCUGGCCAGAUGCAGAAGGCUUCAAGCACACUAGGUAGCCUGGGAACACCCACUGGGGAGUGUUCACGUGUGCAUUUUACAAAAUUCUUGACAGUUAUUGGAAGAGAAUUGGAAAGGGAUAAGAACGAAGGUAGGGAGACUAUGGCAGGAGUUCAGAAGGGAAUUUAGGAGGGCUUAAACUAAGGCCCUAGCAGUGGAAAUGGAGUGGGGGGUGGCGGCAUGAGAACUGUGUAGGCAGUGGAAUCAGCUGGUCUUAAGCGGUCUUUUGGAUGUGGAGUGGUGAGGGAAAGAGAAGUGCCCGAGACAGGUGGAUAUGAGGCUCUAUACUUGAAGAGAGGAGUGUGGGCCAGAGAUGAGGUUCUACAAGACAGCUUGUAGGAGCCACGCAUAUGUAUGGGACUGCCCAGGGAGAGCAUGUAGAGUCACAAGAGGAGAGGUUCAAGACGGGACAGGGAGCCAGGAACAUCCAAGGGCUAGCAGGCGGGGGAGUCAGCACCUGGCCCUGAAGAAGCUAAUGCAGCAUGGUCUGAGUGGAAGAAUUCAGAUUAAAUAGAUGAGGCAUGAGGGGAGACGGGACGUGAAGACCACUUUUCCAGGACACAACUGUGAACAGGAGACAGGAUGGCGAAAGCAGUACCUGGAGGGGAAGUGUCACAUUUGAAGACGAGGGGCACUGAGGAUGAGGAAUCAACUGAAAAGUGUGAAAAUAUUGGAAAUGCAGAAUCUGUGUGGCCAAAAAUGGAAGGUCUUCACAAGGAUCAUAUGCAGGAAUCUAAGGUUGGUGAAACUUGUGAUUGGGAUAGCAAGGUAGAGAAUCAGAUGGAAAAGCCUGAGGGAAAAAGAAUGAAGGAAGACAAAAGUGGCAUCAGGGAAAAGAUUGGCAAAACCAAGAAUACAGCAAAUAUAAAGACAGAACAGGAAGAUGAGGCAUCUGAGAAAAGCUUACAUCUGAGCUCAAAACAUGUUACACACCAACCUGUCUGUAUAGAACAGAAAAGCAGUGAACAAGGCAAAUGUGUGGAGAGCAUUAAUGGAAACUCUCAUCCCAUUCUACAGCAGAAAACCAGUGCUGUUAAGAAAUCACAUAAAUGUGAUGACUGUGGGAAAUCCUUCAAAUAUAAUUCUCGACUUGUUCAACAUAAAAUUAUGCACACUGGUGAAAAACGCUAUGAGUGUGAUGACUGUGGGGGGACUUUCCGGAGCAGCUCGAGCCUUCGAGUCCACAAGCGGAUCCAUACUGGGGAGAAGCCGUACAAGUGUGAGGAAUGUGGGAAAGCCUACAUGUCCUACUCCAGCCUUAUAAACCACAAAAGCACCCAUUCUGGGGAAAAGAACUGUAAGUGUGAUGAGUGUGGAAAAUCCUUCAAUUAUAGCUCUGUUUUGGACCAGCAUAAAAGGAUCCACACUGGGGAGAAGCCCUAUGAAUGUGGUGAGUGUGGGAAGGCCUUCAGGAACAGCUCUGGUCUCAGAGUCCACAAAAGGAUCCACACAGGUGAGAAGCCCUAUGAAUGUGACAUCUGUGGGAAAACCUUCAGUAAUAGCUCUGGCCUUAGAGUCCACAAAAGGAUUCACACAGGGGAGAAGCCCUAUGAAUGUGAUGAGUGUGGGAAGGCCUUCAUUACUUGCAGAACACUUCUAAAUCAUAAAAGCAUCCACUUUGGAGAUAAACCUUAUAAAUGUGAUGAGUGUGAGAAAUCGUUUAAUUAUAGCUCUCUCCUCAUUCAGCAUAAAGUCAUCCACACUGGAGAGAAACCUUAUGAAUGUGAUGAAUGUGGAAAGGCCUUCAGGAACAGCUCAGGCCUUAUAGUGCAUAAAAGGAUCCACACAGGAGAGAAACCUUACAAAUGUGAUGUCUGUGGCAAAGCAUUCAGCUAUAGCUCAGGCCUUGCAGUCCAUAAAAGCAUUCACCCUGGGAAGAAAGCCCAUGAAUGUAAGGAGUGUGGAAAAUCAUUCAGUUAUAACUCACUUCUUCUUCAGCAUAAAACGAUUCACACUGGAGAGAGACCUUAUGUAUGUGAUGUGUGUGGAAAAACUUUCAGAAACAAUUCAGGACUCAAAGUCCACAGGCGGCUUCAUACUGGGGAAAAACCAUAUAAGUGUGAUGUGUGUGGAAAAGCCUAUAUCUCACGCUCUAGCCUUAAAAACCACAAAGGAAUCCAUCUUGGGGAGAAGCCCUAUAAAUGUAGUUAUUGUGAGAAAUCCUUCAAUUACAGCUCUGCCCUUGAACAGCAUAAAAGGAUUCAUACAAGGGAGAAACCCUUUGGGUGUGAUGAGUGUGGAAAAGCCUUCAGAAAUAAUUCAGGCCUUAAAGUACAUAAACGAAUCCACACUGGUGAGAGACCUUACAAAUGUGAAGAAUGUGGGAAAGCCUACAUCUCACUCUCAAGCCUUAUAAAUCAUAAAAGUGUACACCCUGGGGAAAAGCCCUAUAAGUGUGAUGAGUGUGAAAAAGCCUUCAUCACAUACCGAACCCUUAUAAAUCACAAAAAAAUUCAUCUUGGGGAGAAGCCCUACAAAUGCGAUGUGUGUGAGAAAUCUUUUAAUUACACCUCACUCCUUUCUCAACACAGAAGGGUCCACACUAGAGAGAAACCUUAUGAAUGUGACAGGUGUGAGAAGGUCUUCAGAAACAACUCAAGCCUUAAAGUGCAUAAAAGAAUCCAUACUGGUGAGAAGCCCUAUGAAUGUGACGUGUGUGGAAAAGCGUACAUCUCACACUCAAGCCUUAUUAACCAUAAAAGUACCCACCCUGGCAAGACACCCUACACGUGUGAUGAAUGUGGAAAAGCUUUUUUCUCAAGCAGAACUCUUAUAAGCCAUAAAAGGGUCCAUCUUGGGGAGAAACCCUUCAAAUGUGUUGAGUGUGGGAAAUCUUUUAGUUACAGCUCUCUCCUUUCUCAACACAAAAGGAUCCAUACAGGGGAAAAACCCUAUGUGUGCGAUAGGUGUGGGAAGGCAUUCAGGAACAGCUCAGGCCUCACAGUGCAUAGAAGGAUCCACACAGGUGAGAAACCCUAUAGAUGUGAUGAAUGUGGGAAGGCAUACAUCUCACACUCAAGUCUUAUCAACCAUAAAGGUGUCCAUAGUGGGCAGCAGCCGUAUAAUUGUGAGUGUGGGAAAUCCUUCAAUUACAGAUCAGUCCUUGACCAACACAAAAGGAUCCACACUGGAAAGAAGCCAUACCAAUGUAACGAGUGUGGGAAGGCUUUCAAUAUCAGAUCGAAUCUCACCAAGCAUAAAAGAACCCAUAUUGGGGAGGAAUCUUUAAAUGUAACAAAUAUGGGAAGUCAUAGUAGCACAUCACAGAAGAGAACUCACGAGGGAGGGAAUGCUCUGGAUGGGACCAGGAUGAGCAUGUCUCUGUAGGAGGCAGAGCUUAUCUAGUAUUAGAGAACCCAAAUGGAAGAAAAAUCUUACAAGAGUGUCUGAGGUCCUUGUUCAUGGCUUAUAGUUUACAUAGUAUAAGUGAAACCAUGAGUAAUUUUUUUCUCUGUGAUUUUCAAUCAUAGCCAGGAAGGAAGGUUCCAGUGUCAAAGUAGUUGAGCCCUUAUGGAAUAUAAAAUAGUUCGUACUGGGGAUAAAACCUAUCAAAGUUAUGGAGUAUGAGACAACCUUCAAAAUAAGUAGAUAUUUCUGGACAUAAAAAACACAAAUGAGAAAAAGACUUCAAUUAGAAGUCUCAUAGUCACCAUCAGAAAGUUCAUAUUUGGGUAAAUUAUGUGAAUAGAAAUGUAGGAAAUUCAGGUGUAGCUUUGAAUUCCAAUUAUCCAUUGGUCAGUGGAAAAGAUCCAAGAAGGACCUCCAGUAGGCAAAUUCAGGGAGGGGCAGGCUUCAGGGAAUAUAAAUUAAUAUCAUAGUGGUCAUGAAGAAUAACUUUGAUUUAACUGAUUUGCGGGGAGUGAUGACAACUUCUGAAAUAAAAUUUGGAUUUCAUUGUAGGAAGUGUAAAAAGUGUAGACGUAUAAAUCUAACAGGAGAUAGAAGAGAGUCACUCAUAAAUAAAUUCAAGUUGAUUGGACUGUUGUAAUGUUGUGCUAUACAUUAUUGAAUGGGUGAAACUUUAAAAUUUUUCAAAUGAACCCUCUCAAUAAAUGAUGAAUGUGUGAUAAGUGAAAACCUCACACAUUAUGCUACAAAUGAAGAGUUAUACCAUGGACAGAAAUUCAGCACAUUCAAUAACUAAUGGAACACAUCUUCAACAUGAAUUUGUACCUUACACAAAAAGAAUUGAUUCAGGGAUUCCUAUGAAUAGGAAUGAUGAGAAGGAGAGCAUUUUAUUGCAAGAGCUAAAAAGCUAAGUAGCUACCAGUAAUGGAGGAAUAGGAGGAAAUUCAUGCUUCUUAACAAUCCUGUUAAAUGUUUGAUUGUGUUACUGUAAAGAUUUCAUGCACUGCGUGUGUGUAUUGUCUGUUGUAAAAUGUUGUGAAUACUUUAUUCAGGGCUCACUCUCGGCCAUGAAGAGCCAGAUAGUUGUGGCAAGGUAAGGUGAAACUCCAAUAAAGGAAUUCUUCAAAAGUAAACAGGCUGUUACAUACUUUAGGUGGAGUAUCAUACAGAGAGAGCCAUUUGUUUGUCUUAUCUUUGGGGGGUAAGUUAUACCAGAUCCAAACCAAGGAGUGCCCAGGGGACUCAUCUCACAGGGCUAGUAGCUCACAUUUCAUGAGAAAUUAGGUUGUGUCUCCACCAGGAGAAGUGCAAAUUGGAUUAAUCCUCAUACUGGGGCUGGAUCAUAACCCCUGGGAGUGGACAGGCUGUGUGAGUGAGGAGUCACAACAGAGAAACAGUUCUCUUGGGAACAGAUAGAAUUUAACAAAAUAUUGUUAACUAUGUGUAAGACUGUUAACCCGAAGAGUGAAAAGCAAGUCUUCUGAGAAUUAAGUAACCUGUCUGAGAAUACUCCAGGUGGGGCUUAUCAGUAGAGAUGGAGUUGUAAGUCAGGUCUCUCUGGCUCCAAAAUCCACUCUUUACAAGAGAAUAGUCUCUGGACAGAUAGUUUUCUGAUUCUCUCUAGGAUUCCUGUUUCCAAACAUACAGUUUCCAUACCUCUCUUUAGAAGUAUUUCUUUCACUUUGCCUCCAAACAAGGUAAGUUUUGAUGGAGGAGGGUGGAGGUGGGGGAGGGAUAGUUGUAGAAAAGGGAGAGGGAAAGAGCAUUUCUGCCACUCAAUUCCACUUUGAAAUGUCAUGACCACACUUGCUCUUUGUCCUUCUCUACAUGCAGCACUGGCAAACCUGACCCUAUCCACAGACAUGGAUUAGUGUAUUCAGCAAAUAUUGUUGAGGAUCUGCUAGGCACAUCCAUUGUCCUAGGUACUAGGAAGCAGGAGUAGAUAGAGGAGAGAGACCCACAGCAAAGCCACCCUAAUGGAUGCUGAACUAAACUGUGGGCUUUCCAAGGAAAGUGACUUCCACCUACUGGGAAGGGAGGCACCGAUGACAUCUGAGCAGGAUGUUGAGUUGGGUCCUUUUAAGAGAAGAAUGGGAAAAAUAGGAUGGCCUGAUCAAAGGGAGCGUUGGAAAUGCUCAUGCAUUGUCCAGAGUGGCCAGUCCCUGGUAGUUCUGGUGUACAGUGGGCAGAAAGGAAAGAGGCCAUGGAGUAUUGAUUUCCAGUGGUCACUGAGCAUCAACCAAUCUUUUCAUUGGCUGAAUAUAGGGCCAGCUCUAACUGUUUUAGAUGAUCAGGUUACUUAAGGUUUCCAUGUGGCCAGGGCUGUUGGUGUGCCUGUGGCUUGAAGUCCCCAAUCCCCUCACACACACACAUCUACAUGAGCUCCACCUGGACCUAAUGUGUCACCUACUUUUGAAAGAGACACAGGUUAAAUAACAAGGGAGAAGACAGCUACCACAGGAAUGGGGAUUCUGAGCACCCCAGCCCACUGAGCACCUCCUCGUGCUCAUGUUCCUACUACAGCCUCCAUUGACCUGGACACAUGGAAAAUGGGCCCACAGUCUACCUAGGGCCAGAUAUGUGCUUCUUGGACUGAUCCCAGAUGAGGAGGGGUCUUCAGGUCUCCAGCCACUCCAGGCAGACUGUGAAGAACAGAUCCAGUGAGCUGGUGCAGCUGCAUCUGUUCAAGGCCACCUCAGGACUUGAGCUGGUUUAGGGACCACCAGCCACCACCACCUCCCAGAGGAUGUCUGACAUGCAAGAAAAAUAAAAUUGCCAAGGUGUAGGUAAAUUGAAACACUGUGAUUUUUAAAAUGCCAUGUCUAAUUCUCAAGGCUAAAAGAUAAAUAGAAUUGGAAUAUUGGACAAUAGUAGGUAAAUUGGAAGCUGGGACAUCUGUGUGAAAGCAGGCUAAAGUGCUUGUAUUAUUUAGGAGGAGGGUGAAGAUGCUGUUUAACUCUAGAUUUUAUUGAGUUAAAUGUGGUAAAAUGUCAUGGGCAAGCACUAGAAGGAUAGAAAUAAAGCAUAUAAAUCUAAAAAUCUUGACUGGAAAAUCUCAAAGUCUAGAAAAGAAAAAAUGAUGUUGAAAAGGUGAGACAGUACUUUGUUUCUGGUGGAGGUAGUCUAGGUUCUUUGGAUCAGUUUCCCACCUGUUUUUUAAAAUGCAGGUGGUGUGCCCUCCCUUCCCCUUAAAAGAGCGUGGAGGCUGAAAAGACUGCAGUUAAAACAGGUAGGGCUGUUUUAAGGUGGGAUCUCGUCAUCAGAGGUGAACACCAAAGCAGCUUAGACCGCAGACUUUGCUGAUGAUGCAGAGUUAGGCACCACUUCACCAGCCACAGAGAGUAAGAGAGAGAGGAUGAUAGGGCCAGGUUCACCCAAGGUGAUGAAUCUUAUAGGUGACUCUUCUGAAGUUAAACUGGGUUCCCAGAGUACUACACCGUCAGGACAAAAAACCCAAAUCUAGACCCAUCCCCCUCCCCACCCCCAGGGUACUUUAGAGACUGACCUCGUUACCGAGCAUAGCAAUAGGAUUGAAGAAAAAGAGAAAAGAGAACAUCCUGACAAUUUGUGGUCCCUGACCAGCCCUUACAACCCAGGUAAACACAACUUGAGCCCUGGCAGAAGCAAAUAAAAGUUCCUCAGAAGAGGACUCCUUCAAUUUAGACCUCAGGUAACAAUUUUUCAGGGGAAAUAGUCAGCAAGCAGUCAAAGAUAAUCAGGCAUAUAAGGAAAAAAGGCAGCACGGCUGGAAACCAGCAGAAAAACAGACCCACAUAGACAUCACAUUAGAAUUAUUGGGUGCGUUUGUGAAAACGACCGCUUAAAAUAUUUAAAGAUGUAUUUGGCAACAGAUUGUGAAACAGGAGGAAUGAGAAUUGGUGAGCUGAAAGAUAGGUUUGAAGUAGUUAUCCAGAAUGCAGCAUGGAGAUGGAGAAAUAUGGGAAAACUCAGAAAGAUGGAAUGGUCUCACUAGGAAGUUUUAACAUAUAUUUAACCACAGUCUUAGAAGGCAAAGACAGAAGAAAAGGGACAAAGGUAAUUGGGCUGAGAAUAUUCCAGAACUGAUGAAAAAUAACAGGUCUAUAGAUUUAAAAGCUCAAAGAAUACAAAUUAGGAUAAAUUUACAAAGUCAUAUCUAUGUGCAUCAUAGUGCAACUGCAGGAAAUCAAAGAAAAAAAUUAACAGCUGAAGAUUUAAAAAUUACCUUCAAAGGAACAGACUUCUCAACAGCAACAAUGGAAGCCAAAUGAGUGGAAUGAAAAUGUCAGUAUAAAGGUAGAAAAUAACUGUCAACCUAGAAUUUUAUACCUGGUGAAGAUAUCUGUUAGGAAUGAGGACAAAAUAAGCACAUUUUAAGACAAUUUGUUCCAUUCAUUCCCUGCUGACCCUCACUAAAGGAAAUUUUAAAGAAUGCACUUUAAUAUAGAAGGAAAGUGAUCCCAGGUGGGGUUUUGAGAUGCAAAAAGAAAGAACAAAAUAGGUGAGCAAAUGUAAUAACAUUUUAUACCAAACAAUAAAAACGCAGAGUUGUUAAGAUAGGCUUAAAAUACCAGACAAGACUGAUAAAUAAGAGAGAGUAAAAAGGAUUGAGGUAUUAGGGUGAAGGUUUUGGUUACUCUUGUGAAUAUUGUAAAAUCUAGAGGAAUCAUAAAAAUACAACAUAUAAUUUCAAUACUAGUAGAAAAU